UAAAAAUAUAUCAAAUAUUUUUGUAUUUUUAUUAAACAGUUCAUUAUUAUCAACAUAUAAAAAUUAAAAGGACAAAUGAAAGAAGAUGAACAAAUAUCACCUAUAAUAUCAGAAAGGGAGUUUCAUCAGGUUCCAACCUCGGCUUAUUGGCUUCCAAAAGACGAAGCUGAACAGAGGAGACUCGCUGAUCAACAUUUUGCUUUUAAAGAAUUACUUGGAGGGAAUAUUAUACCUUGUGUAGCAAACAAUCUUGAUUUGAAUAGUGGAGUGUCCAUAUUGGAUAUUGGAUGUGGUGCUGGUGCUUGGAUUAAGGAUACAAUAUCAGAUUAUCCCAAUUGCACAUACUAUGGAUGCGAUUUGGUGGACGUAACAGACAAAGAAACCAUGCCAAAACAGUUCGUAUUCACUAUUGGAAAUGUGGUUGAAGGACUACCCUAUGAAGAUAAUACUUUUGAUUUUGUCCAUAUGCGGCUACUUGUGCUUUCUCUGCGUGAAGAAGAAUGGCCCCUGGCAAUAAAGGAAGCCGUUAGAGUGACUAAGCCGAGAGGCUAUUUACAAUUUGUUGAAUCAAGUGGGGAUGUAAGUAAACUUUACAUACUAUUUAAUUACAUUGACUGCUUUUAACUGAGAUAGUUACCCAAGAAAAAAGACAGCUUAUACUAUCAAUUUGUUAUGGCGUGUAA